GGGGCAACUGUACCAGAUACCCUCCGCCGCGCCGGCCAGCACACAUUCAGUGAUACAAACGUAGCCGUGCUGCGAAGACGUUAGCGAAAAUCUAACAUUUGACAGUCCACAAUGCACCUUCGAUUACGACGGCAUGGACAGAUCGGAUUCAAGUAGGCACGACACCGCGUCAUCUGUCGUUGAUCGUCGGUUAUUUCCCGCGGAAACUAGGCCGCCGUGGUCGGGUCACGGCACACCAUGAUUUCGAUUGUUUCCCGGCUGCCAGGGACAUGAUGUUUAUCGGAUAACUUGACAUAGGGUUUUCUGAACAUGGCUUUGAACUAUGUGUUGAGUGUGGUUAUUGUAUUGACAUGUGUGCUAUGCUAUCACAACAGUUACUAUUGCGGAUUUGUGUUCGACGAUAUCAGUGCCAUCAAGGAGAACAGAGAUCUUCGACCGCAUACUCCGCUUAUAAACGUUUUCUUGAACGACUUUUGGGGAACCCCUAUGCAUAAGGAACAAAGCCACAAGUCUUAUCGACCGUUGUGCGUGCUGACAUUCAGAUGGAAUUACCUACUGUGGCAGCUCGAGCCGAUGGGCUACCAUCUGGUCAACAUGCUGCUCCAUUCUGUCGUCUGUCUCAUAUAUUUCAGGAUGUGCUCGAUGUUUCUGCCAGAACUGUCGAGUUUUGCGGCCGCCAUGUUGUUCGCCGUGCAUCCUAUUCAUACAGAAGCGGUGACAGGCGUGGUCGGCAGAGCAGAAACUUUGUCAUCAGUUUUCUUCCUCGCUGCUUUUAUUUUGUACGCCAAAGCCACGCACAGUAAAAAGUCAACAGGAUGGAAAUACCUGGUGUUAUCUACGGUGUGCGUAGCAACUGCGAUGCUGUGCAAAGAACAAGGGAUUACCGUUGCCGGGAUAUGUGCCGCCUACGAGAUUUUCGUCGCGCAGAAGGUACGGUUUCCAGAAGUAAAGCAUUUCUUACGUUCUGCGUUUAUCACCAAAACGCCGUAUCAGAUCCCGUGGUCAUCCAAGGCAACAAAGAGGCUAUUUGUUUUAGCCGCGACCACGGUAUUGCUACUAUUCGGGAGGUUGCAGAUAAUGGGCAGUCAACUACCCGUCUUUACACGCUUUGACAAUCCUGCAUCGGUUGCCGCGAUCCCAGCAAGGCAGCUAACGUAUCAUUAUCUAAUCAGCGUCAAUCUGUGGUUGUUACUAUUUCCUUGCAACCUGUGCUGCGACUGGACCAUGGGAACUGUCCCAUUGGUAGAGUCAUUCACGGAUCCAAGGAACAUGACCACUGUGGCUACGUACGCCUUUCUGGCAUCACUACUUGUUAAAGCAUUUACGACGGAUAAUAGGAAGCAAGGUGUUGUUUUGAUAAUGGGCUUAUCAUUAAUGGUAUUCCCUUUCAUCCCAGCAUCAAACCUUUUCUUCCCAGUUGGCUUUGUGGUAGCAGAACGAGUCCUCUACAUGCCUUCGAUGGGAUUUUGCUUACUGGUAGCCUAUGGAUGCCAAAUUCUUUCACAAGGUUGUAAAAACAGCAUAAGUCGUCGUUCAGUGUACUUCUUCUUCUUCGUUCUCCUAUUGGCCCAUGCAGGGAAGACCUAUCUUCGCAACUGGGACUGGCAAGACGAGUACACUAUCUUCAUGUCUGGGCUCAGAGUGAACCAACGCAACGCCAAAUUGUUUAACAACGUUGGCCACGCAUUGGAAAGUCAAGGCAGGUUUCAGGAGGCCUUGGAGUAUUUCAAGACGGCUGUCAGUGUACAGGAAGACGAUGUCGGAGCUCACAUUAACGUUGGCCGAACGUACAACCAUCUAAAGAUGUUCAAGGAAGCAGAACUUGCCUACCUGAAAGCAAAAUCACUUCUGCCGAAAGCAAAACCUGGGGAAAGCUAUCAGGCACGGAUAGCGCCGAAUCACCUGAACGUGUUUUUGAACCUGGCUAACCUGAUAUCAAAAAACUCGACGAGAUUGGAGGAAGCUGAUAUGCUGUAUAGACAAGCAAUAAGCAUGCGUGCUGACUAUACUCAAGCCUAUAUCAACAGAGGGGACAUCUUAAUCAAGCUCAACCGGACGAAAGAAGCUCAAGAGGUUUAUGAAAGAGCACUGCUAUAUGAUAGUAACAAUCCGGACAUCUACUAUAAUUUGGGCGUCGUAUUUCUGGAACAAGGCAAAGCCUCCCAAGCCUUGGCAUACUUAGACAAAGCACUGGAGUACGAUCCUGAGCACGAUCAGGCCCUCCUCAAUUCCGCGAUUUUGCUUCAAGAACUUGGAAGGCCUGAAUUGCGGAAGAUAGCCAGAGAACGGCUACUGAAGCUGAUGAGAAAGGAUCCGGAUAGCGAAAGAGUGCAUUUCAACUUGGGAAUGCUAGCGAUGGACGAGAAGAAUAUUGAAGAGGCGGAACAUUGGUUCAGGAGGGCAGUUCAUCUCAAAGCGGACUUCAGGAGUGCUCUGUUUAAUUUGGCUCUUCUACUGGCUGAUGAUCAGCGUCCAUUAGAAGCAGCGCCAUUUUUGAACCAGCUGGUAAAAUAUCAUCCAGAUCAUGUAAAAGGACUGAUUUUGUUAGGCGACAUCUACAUCAAUAAUAUCAAGGAUUUAGAUGCUGCAGAAAAUUGCUACAGGCGGAUCCUGGAGCUCGAACCUGACAACAUUCAAGGUCUGCACAACCUCUGCGUGGUCCACGUGGAACGAGGAAAGCUGUUAGAAGCCCAAACCUGUCUCCGAAAAGCCCACGAACUGGCACCUGGUGAAGACUACGUUUUGAGGCAUCUGCAGAUCGUAGAAAACCGGAUAGCGAAAAUGCAGCAGUUACCUCAAGAAGAAGACGCAAAUGCUGUGAAGGAGCAGAGCAAAGUGGUGUCCAAUAAGAGCGUGGACGAAAGUGAUAAGAAAACGGAGCCAGUUGUAACGAGGGAUUCCGAGGAACAGAGGUAUAGUAGCAGAGUUGUAAACUCGGAACCAGUGUUUAUUAAAGAUGUGAAUGACAUGAGCUACAUAGACAACAUAAGCUUCGGUGAAAGCACGAACAAUAAAUCUAACAAAAAGAACUGGAGUGAAGUGGGUAACGACAGGGAUGAUCCCUCAUCGGGUAUGUCUUAGGUCUAGCUCUAUGGUCAUUCCUGUUUCAGAACAAUCUAGAUGAUGUUUGUUGAAAGUUUUAUCUAUGGUUGCGUGAUGUUUCAAAUAAGUACCAUCAUAAUUUCACUUAAACGGGUUGAACUAGAACAUGAGAAGUAGUGAAGUUGACGGAAAGCAUUUGCAAUAUAAUUAUGGUGGUUGUAUCAACCUAUAAACAUCAUCUAGCUUGGGUGUAAUGGUUAUCAAAUAGGACAAUGUAGUCUAGCAGAAAUCAGUUACUAUCAAAUCAAAAACUAUCGUGUUUUUGUAACGGACUUCUAGCAAUAAGGCAAUACCAGUUCACUACGGGCUGAUGUAAUAAAAUUGCUUGACUGGGGCUAUUUUUCAAUACCUUAAGAAAAAAUAUUUCAAUCAUUUCCAUGAAAUCUCCAUAUUCCUUGAUAUGUAGGUUCAUUGUAGCACAGCAACAUAUAAAUAUGUUACUAAACUUGUUUUAUUAUGUGAUUUCCAUACUAUGAUUAUCUGCUAGGCUACGUAUCAGAAAGAUUUGGAUGUCUUUUAAGAAUAAAACGGUCAAUACGUCCCUUGUCAAUUCAGUCUUGUAUAUUACGCUUUCAUGUUGCUAUAUUUCCAGAGGAUUCUAGUAGCAAGUAUAUUAUAUACAUGUAAUACAAAAAUAUCUUUCAAGGCCUACUUUUAUAAUAAUAAGUAUAACUACAAUGAUGAACUGAUGAGAUCUUUUGAGAAAACAUAGCCGCCUGGAAACAUGAAUGCGUUUUACCCAAAACGGCUACAUUGAAGGGCAGGCUUUACUAAAAAUUUCAUGGUUCUAGCUUUAACCCGCAGAAUGAUUUUAAAAAACAUAUUAAUCUAAUCAUUGCUUGGAAAAGUUAUUCCCUGGUCACAAGCACAUACUGUGUAUUCUACACAGAGCGCGAAAUAUUUGUCAUACGUUAAUACGUGUACGAUCAAUUUCAAAAUUGUCCUGAAAAACGUUUGUUUGACAGAGAGAGUAUAUUCAAAUUGUAUAAAAGGCACUUUCAGCAAUAACAUCGAACCUUUUUAUGCUCCGCCCUGUAUGUCACUCCCCAUGACGUCGAAUUAAGUAGAAAUGACGCGAUCGCGUUUAACAGAAGCUGGAAAUCAGAAUCUGUUGAACCAAAUUGCUAGUAAAUCUGGGAAUCACGUCAGGGCGGCACUGUACAUGGCCGUAUUCCAUUUCCAUAACGACCUUCCAUUCAAACUAAUUGUACCUAAGACGAUUAACAAUCAGAUGAGAAAACUUUCUCUGUGACAACUAAGUAUUAAGCGUAACUGUUAUUGCUCGAACGUGCCUAGCAAAGUUUAACUUUUGUUUCGGCUGGUACAUCUCGUUAUAACUUUUGUACUUCCACCGAGUGAAAUUUCAUAUGGAAAAGUUUCCUUCUCAAUUAUAACGAGGUAUUGCUAAAAGUUUAUGCGUCCACGGAGUAUUCAAAAAAGAAUCGUGAUCCAGCACACCAUCAGAAUAACCAAAUCUGAAACCAAAGUUAUAACUUAAAAUAAUAUAGGCUUUGAAAUUAAUAAUAACAGGUAAUUAAUUCAGAGGUACUUUUUAAAAAAAAUAAAUGUAGAAAAGCACCCAUAUCGAGUUAUCUUUAUUGCUAUAGUAAAGAAGCAUUCUGGACAGUUAGCUUUUGAAAAAUAAAUAUUUCUAGGAAAUGUCGGCUGUUACUGCGAUAAAUAUGAUCUAUUCUGGAAUUCCAAAGGUUGUCUUGAUCCCACGCUAUUUGCUGUUUAAAAUUCCAGCACAGCGAUACGAAAUGAGGAUCUAGCUGUUCAAAAGUCUGGAUAUGUACAUUUCUCGAAACUAAUCUGAAUUGUCCCUAGAGACCAUUAUAAGGACAUUUGAGUGUACUUUAAUUAAUUAAUACUACCCCAUAAUUUAUGGUGUAAAGUCCAAGUAUGUAUUUCUCCGAAAAUGCGGAUGAAAUUUAUAUAUCGUGAUAGGUAGGUACGUCUUUUACUUUAAUUCACUUCUGUCAAAUAUAGUGAUACUAGGAGAGAAACAGCUUCUUCUGGGCUAUAACACGUGGAUUAUAUUUUCCGACUGAAGCGUCAGUGCUCUAACGGAGGUGGUAACAUUGAAACUUUUUUGGUUUGCUCGCCCUGGUGGUUCUUCAAUAUUUCCACUAGAAAACGGAAUCCCGCAAAGAUUUUUUUCGCUGAAAAAAAUCAUAGUUAUGUCAAGCACAUAGAGGAAAUGUUGGGAUUUAUUUUUUUAAACCAUGAAUGGAUAGUAAAACAGCCCUAUGCUGAUAGGCGAAAUGGCGGUUUCAAAAAAACAGUAUACAUAUCUCCCUCCAAAAUUUCCAUUUAGAAAAUGUAUAAUUAAAACAGAAAAGUACCAAAAUGACUCGUGAUUAUUAUCAAAAUUGGCUUUAAAGUGAACAUAGAUGAAACAAAGAGGACUCGUCUAUUCAAAACGUCAUGCUUUUAUCUUUCUUGAAUUACCUCUGUAAGCGGAUCAUGCUUCUACAUGAAAAAAAAACUUUUAAAAGCUUUUCGCGUUUUGCUCCACCGUGCGGCGCCGCCAGCAGCUAUUUUAUCGUUUUCGGAGAGAUAAAUUGGCCGCCUAGAUUGUGUGAUUCCAAAGCUGCAUACUUUUUCCUUAGUAUUUGUCUCUACAUAGAUAAAGAGAGUAUAAUUCACUAAUUAUAAAUAAGCACUAAAAGAGUAAUUCGCCCAGUAAAAUAUAUGGCCGCAUCAACGAAAAUUGAAACUUCAACAAAUAUUAUUUUCAAUAAGGAGUGUCAUGAACAUUUAUUUUGUUUGUUAAUAAAGAUAACCCGAACAGUUGAUCAUUUGUAUUUUUUAUGCUUUUGAAAAAAGUACUCCGAAGCACCUGUUAUAUCUUAUUACUUAUACGAAAAACAACAAGUUUAUGGUUCAGGCGCGAUUCAACAAACCUCAUCUAUUUGGUUGGACAUGUUUGGACAGCUUAUUAUCAAGUAGGCCAAGAAGUAGGGAAAUUUUGUAUAAGUAAAUCCUACAAUAUUUGCAACAGUAAUUUUUUUGAUGAUAUCGUUAGAUUAUUGCUUCCUAAUAAUAAAUUUAAAUUGGUGUCAUGAUAGGGCUGAAAAAUUUGCUACCAUAUGACAAUGUUUUUGAUAAUCCUAUAGAUAAAAGUAAUAGAAACAAUUUUGCAGGAAAUUAAUGUGUCCAUCAUUUUUCUUCGAUGAAAAUUUGUCGUACAGUCAACAGCUCACAAGAUGCUAAAUGGUAACGGCACAUGCAAUGAUUUUUUGCUUAUAUUAACUAAACUAAUAAUCUAAUAGUAGACAACAUUACAACCUCUUUUAUUGAUAAUAAAAUUUUCUACAAAAAAGUAUUUUACGUAUUUUACCUUGAUGGUGCUUGAAGUAAAAUGACGGAAAGUUAAACGUUCAUCAAGAAUUCCAUUUUAAAAUGAAUCCGUUUUUUACUACCAUGAUUUGUGAUGUUUUCAUCAUGAAGAUGGAGCCACUAGCUUUCAUUCUAUUUGCGAUUUUGUUAAUGCGUAAUUUAGGUAACCGCUGCAGCGAUUUUAAUGGAAGAAUAGAAGUAGCAGAUAAUGCUGGUUUAAGGCAUCAAUCUCUCGAUUAAAAUCAUUACAACGGCUGGAGAAGCUUCGCAGUGGCAAAAUGGAAGUGAGUUACUUGCAUUUUCAUUAUGAAGGCACCAGAUUUUCCGAGAAUAUUGUAUUUUCCAUACAUAGGCAUGGCAUUAAAAAUCCACUUACUUUAAAAUGGUAUUUUAGAUCAUAGAUAAUGAUCAGUGCAGUGAUCCACACAUGAAAACGUGUGCUGACACGUAGCGUGUGCGGAGUAUGCCGCGCGACUUUUGAUACAAAUUUUUAACUUUCUUUUCUUAUACUUCAAAAGCCCUCAAUGUCGGAAAACCAUAAACUUUUUUGUAAAACAUUUUAUUAUCUACAAAAAGUGUUUUACCCUUUAGGAUUCUUAGUUUAGUAGAAAUAUAUCUACAUGUACCUUUACCCUUUAAGUUCUCAUAAUCUGAUGCCCGUACAAAAAAUUUCUUAUAAGCAAAAUGUUAAAAGUAUUUAAUUCCCUACAAAGUCGUUUAAAUUAUUUUUUUAUCAUGAUGCCAAUUUGAACUUAUCAUUAGGAAGCAAUAAUAUAACAAUACUACUAAACAAUUUACUGUUACAGAAACUGUAUGAAAAAAAUACCAAUUUUUUGGUCUAAAGGAGGUAUAUCUAGUUUUGUCUUCGAUGACAUCCACUCGUGUAAUAUAAUGAAAAAUCUGUAUCUAAACGUAUUUUGUACACGAGCCAUUAGAUGUAGUGUUCAUUCUGUGAUAUUCAGAAUAAUCGUUUGAUCUACAUACAUAUAUAUUUUGAUUCUUGAACCUAAAUGUAUAAAAAAACUUAAUUCAACCUAAACCUAAAUGUACAGCAUGUUACUAUCACAGAAUGGCAAAUAACUUGGAGGAAUGUUAUGUACAAAAAUAUAAAAGAUUCGAAAAGUAAACCUAUGUAAGGCUCUGAUCACACAUUGUUUCUUGCGUAGUUCUUCAACUCAGAAAUGGGAAUUACUUCAAAAGAUAUUAUGGGCGUACAGACGAAAGCGCUCCGGAUACAUCUUGCACUCUUCUCAAAUUAUUUUGAGUGACUUCUGGCAAAUUUACUCACUAACUGAAUUAAGCAAGAUUUAUUGUAGAAUUAGCAUAUGUUUUGGCUCUAAUGGUAACAAGAAACAGGUUGUUUCGUAGUCUAGUCAAGUGCGUAUGUGUAUUCCUGUUUAAUGUUGCAAAAAAUUUUUUAGGAUUUUUGUUCAAAAUAUUCCUGCUGAGAUUGUUUGGCAUUCAACUAAAGACACCCUAAUGUGACUUACAGCUCACAAUCAUUUUCAUUUCGAAACUAUAAGAUUUAUAAAUAUAGUUGUAAACUACUUUAUAUAUAGGAGCUGUUAUUAAAUGUAUGGAUACUGCACCUAAAAAACAGUUAUGAUUUUUCGAAAUAUACGUUUUAGUCAUAAUUAUUGUAUAUACUUGUAUUCGCUACAAACCUAAGCCAAUUUUGCAUUUGUGAUUAGAAUAAAAUAUAUGAAUUAAUACAAAGGCGACUAUAAAAAAGUUUAGGAAAGUUAUUUAUUUUUAUUUAUUCGUUUAUUCCGAUACUAGGUGUAUUCUGAAAAAACUCUUUGUAAAAUAUGUAUUAUAAAGCUGAACAAAGAAAAAAUGAUGAUAUCGUAACUGUUUUUUAGAGAUUAAUAUUUACUUAAUCGGUUAUUUGAUGUGAUCUGAUUGAAAUGUGAUUUAGAUUUUAUAUUUUUUUCGGUUCCAGUACUACUAUACUUACGCUUGUUUUUAUUUUUAUAUUCCAGAAUUAUUUUUUUACUAUUCAGCAUGAUCGAGUAUGCAUAUAUUGUGUCUGUUAAGUAGAUUUCUAAGUGUAUAAAUAUAAUUUUUCCAGUCAAAUGACGGUUACGGCUUUUACGUAUAAAAUAUCGUUCCAAUUUUCUAAAAUUUACAUAACUUAUUCAAGCUAAACGGCUAAAAUUAAAUUCUCUUGCGACUAGCACAGAGUUGCAAUCCACCGUCAUGCAAAAGAAGAAUCUCUUUGUAUUACUUAUAUCUGUUAGCUACAUUAUUCUUGUAAAACUGAGGUGCAUCAGCUGUGGAUAACAAUAUGAAAAUACGAUAAUUUCAGUGUUGCCAAGUUCCUAAAUAUUCCUCGAACAUCCAUUAACAAAAUACCAAAGCAUUUUAGGGAGAAUUGUUGUUGCUCACGCACAAUAAACAUUGAGCGCACGCUUGUUUAAGAAUUACACAAAGGUUUAAAUGCUUUGAGAUUGUGUUGAUUGAUGUUUAAGGACUAUUCAAAAACUUUGGCGACAUUAAAACUUUCAUUCUUUCAUACUGUUUUUCUGGGAGUCUGUAUUUUGCAUUUUUCCAAAUACUA